UAUUGCAUUAAAAAAGAAAGUUAUACGUAGAAAAUCUCUAUUUUUCUCAAAAGAAUUUUCCUUUUUUUAAAAAAAAAAAAAAACUUUAAUUGUUGUAUCGGGAAUUUAAUAUCCAUAACAAUCAUGGUGAAGCUAGCCUCGGCAAGAGAGAGUCGAACGUACGGGCGACGGCUGUCUCGGAGUAGGGCCGAGUACAUAAACGCAGGGCUGUAUUUGUUUGCCACAGUUGUGUUGAUUUGUGGUUUUGCAGCUGAGUUCUCAUGGGAACCCCGAUCGGGUCUUGUUCUAAUGCUUAUAGCACUGGCUCUUAUUAUUUUUGUUAACCUUCAUGAUCUUUUGGCACAUCUUGCGGGCAUUGACUAUAGGUUUCCUUUAAUGGAGUUCGACACGCAGCUUGCUCUUGUGGAGUUCGCUGUUCCGGUGGUUCAAGUGUUAGGUUCACUCCUUUUCUUUGUAGGAAUUCUUUUUUCCUUUAUUCAGGCUGAGAAAGGGUAUAGUUAUUUUAAAUUGGAAAAGCAUGCUUUGGGUUUGCUCAUUGCUGGCCCUGUUUUUUGGGUUCUUGGCUCCAUCCACAACUCGUGUCAAAUCUAUGAGAGAGCAGAUGGGCAUGUCCAAAUCUUGCAACAGAGUGUCCACAUUCCGUUUUUAAUUGGGAGUGUGUUGUUCAUGGUGGGAUCUAUUCUCAACAGCCACGAGCAAGCUGGAAUUAGUCAUCAUGGUUUAGAGUUACUGGGCAGAACUUGGGUGUGGUUAGGCAUUUGUGGCAGCCUGAUGUUUUUCAUCGGGGGAUUGACAAACGUGGUGAAGGUGUUCAAGAUGCAGCAAAUCAACAGGCUAAGGCUCGAGAAAUUGCGCGGAGGAGCACAGGAUAGGCUGAUUCAAGGCAGGGAACGGCACGUCCCUCUGAUUAUAGAGGAGCCAAGGAGAAAAAUGCAAGUUGAAGACGUAAAUGGACCUGCUGCUGCUGCUGCUGCUUCCACUCCUUACAAGGAUGUGCUUCUUGGUCGUUGAGUAUUAGUAAUUGAGAAUGAUCACAUUUCAUCUUUGAAUUCAGCUCUUUCACCCUUUGCUAAAUAUUCUUGUAGACAUCAUUGCAAAUCUCGUCUCUUCCCCUUAUACUAAUCUAUAGUUUUUCAGUAACCCGCAAA